AUGCGAACUACGUCAGCGACUACGUCAAGAGCUGCUUGGCCAUUGGCAGCGGUGUGUUGUUUGGGUUUAAUUCUAUUCUUGAUCUGUGCAGCAAUUGUUUUGGCUUUAAUUCCUCUUUAUUUGCCAACUAAAAAUCUCACACCUUCGGUCGAUGAUAACAAAUCAACUAGUCCAUUCUACUUGCAGUUAUCAGGCGACGAUGAAACAGGCAGUGGUAUGCCAGGUGAAGUGGGAAAUCUUGAUGAAAUCGGAAAAAGUUUGAAUCUUCCCAGUGACGUUAACCUCUCAGCGGGUUCAACAAGUAACAGCGUUUCUCGACGAAGACGUAGCUUUUUUGGUGCACGAACCAAACGGAGUGUCACAAUUAAAAUUCUCCUCGUAUUCAACUUUAUAGCACAAACUUGUAAUACACAAUGUCUCCUGGUGAGAAAGAAAUUCAAAACCGACAUUCAAAAAGUUUCCUCAACGAAUAUUAACCUUUUAAUCCUCGGCGGUCCAUUAGGGAACGUGACAAUCUCUGGUCUUACGUGCAAAUCCAACGGUAUCUUUACUACAAAACCAUCUGGCUUUCCGGGCCCACCCAAAUCAAUCGUAUUCACUACUACUACAAGUGGCGACUUUACUGAUGCAACAAUCUGGGAUCAGCAAGUGCUUCCAGGUGGCCCUUGUGAAGUCGUUAUCGCUGCCGGUACUACAGUUACCCUGGCAACUCCUGGAUUAGGUAUUAAAGCCAAGAUGAUCACCAUCUACGGAAUACUAAUCAUUGGUGGAGGCAACUCAGCAUUUACAUUCCGAAAUGCCAUCAACGUCAAAAUUCGCAAAGGAGGCAUACUUCAAGAUGCAACAACAACUAAACGCAUCCUUGUUCCCGUAAAUUCACUUAUUUAUGCAUUUUCUGGUGGAAGCUUUGGUGCUUCAGGUACUACAAUUCAGACUUAUACAUCAUCAGGCGUCGGAGCUAGUACUUCUAUAACUACUACCAGUGGCCCAUUGACUUGUGCAUUCUUACCUGAUGGCACUGUUCGUACAGCUGCUAAGAUUGCAUUCUUUGCUGUCAAAUCAGGAUCCUUCAAAACUGGAUCGAGCUUCUGUGGUGGUGUUGCACCAACAAGCGAUGAUUGUUCGGAUUCAGCUUGUUCUCUUGAAGUCUUAUCAGGUGUUACAUUAUCUACUGCUGAUCUCAAUGGUGUCUUGGAUAUCAAUUUUGAUACUAUAACAAUUAAUUCUGGUGCUACAAUGGGAUUAGGCACACCUGGCUCGGCAAGUGGAUUUAAAUUCAAAUUUCCUGUUGCUCUUAGUGUUCUUGGUGCACUGUCAUUUGUUGCUAGUGGGGGAAACAUCCUUGUUCCAUAUGGCAGUCAAUUUGUUCUUCAGGCUGGUGGUUCACUCCAGAGCUUAAUUGGAACACUCCCAUCCCUUCAAACAUAUAGUUUACUUACUGGCAUCCUUGGUAGUAUACAAACUCUGGCCUCAUCAGGUCCGUUCUUUGUAGUUAUUUCCGUCACUGGUACAAUUUCGAGCGGCACUGAUCUUUCCCAAAUCAAUGCUACUACAACUACCACAGCUACUACGCCAGUGGCGACUGCUGCCAUGUCAGGCUAA